UACAACAGUCAGCGUGAGUAACCGUGUGGUUAUGACGUGGUCUGUAUGGUGCUGAGACUCAGCCGCUGAGCAAACAGUUUAGCCUCCCUGGCGGUCCAAAAGCGGUCUGUUCUGUCUGGAUAUCUGCGUUUACUAUCGGCCACAAUGAGGUGGUGACCCUGGACAGAGAGAUGAUUGCAGCUUGGCGCAGGGAAAGGACAGAGCAGAGAGACUGAAAGAGAAGAAUGGACAGGAGUGUCUGGAGCUGCUGGCGAGGUGUCUUCUCCACUGCUGUGCUGUAUGGCUCGCUGGCCCUGUUUACCUCCAUCCUCCACAAUGUCUUCCUGCUCUAUUACGUGGAGACCUUUGUGUCCGUCUACAAGAUUGAUAAAAUCUCUUUUUGGGUGGGAGAGACCAUCUUCCUUAUCUGGAACAGUCUGAACGACCCUCUCUUCGGCUGGCUGAGCGACCGAUCAUUCCUCACCUCCUCUCCGUCGGGCUCUCAGGUCACUUCUCCGGAGGUGGUGCUCAGGCGUCUGAAGGCCCUCUCCACCAAUGGGCCUCUCUUUGCCGUGUCGUUCCUGGCGUUCUGGGUGGCGUGGGCCCGGCCGGGCCUGCAGUUCCUGCUGUGCCUGUGUCUGUACGACGGCUUCCUCACCAUGGUGGACCUCCACCACAGCGCCCUGCUGGCCGACCUGGCCGUGUCCGCCACCGACCGCACGCGCCUCAACUUCCACUGCUCUGUGUUCAGUGCUUUGGGAUCCUUUUCUGUUUUCCUGUCUUAUUCUUUUUGGGACAAGGAGGACUUCUACUUCUUCCGUCUCUUCUGCGUGGCCCUGGCGGCUUUUUCCGUCCUCGGCUUUUUCUUCGUGUCCCGGUUGCUGCGGCGCCGUUUUGAAAAAGAAAUUCGUCCCAAACAAGACGAGGCUUCAACACUAAAAGAGCUGAGUGUUGGCCAUGCUCCACUUACGCAUCCCGAGAAGCCUGUCACCAUUGGACAGUAUCUCAAGCAGCUCUCCAAACAUCGGAACUUCAUGUGGUUUGUGUCAAUGAACCUCAUUCAGGUGUUUCACUGCCACUUCAACAGCAACUUCUUCCCUCUUUUCCUGGAGCAUCUUUUGUCUGACAGCAUAUCUGCUUCCACAGGUUCCAUCUUACUUGGGAUCUCUUACAUUGCCCCCCACCUGAACAACCUGUAUUUCCUAACGCUGUGCCAGCGUUAUGGGGUGUACCAGGUUAUCCGCUGGCUGUUCAUGCUCAAACUGGGACUUAGUGUGGUUAUGCUGCUUGCAGGCGCUGACCACAUUUAUCUGCUGUGCAUCUUCAUCGCUAGUAACCGGGUGUUCACCGAGGGCACCUGCAAGCUGCUGAAGCUGGUCAUUUCUGACCUGGUGGACGAGGACUUUGUGGUAAACAGACGUCAGCAGGCCACCUCCGCUCUCCUCUUUGGGAUGGUUGCCCUGCUGACCAAACCUGGCCAGACUUUUGCCCCACUCAUUGGCACCUGGCUUCUCUGUGUUUACACAGGUUACGACAUAUUUGAGAGGGAGCCGGUGAAGGACUCCGUUUUGUCACCAGACGACGCCUCCAGCUCAGGGACUCCGCCUCUACGCCUGGGCUGCUUCUACAUGUUGGUGUUCGUGCCUAUCACCUGUGCCCUGCUCCAGCUGGCCGCCUGGUCGCGCUUCACACUUCACGGCCGAAAGCUUCAGGGAAUCAAGGCUCUGCGGCAGGGGGUCCAGCACGGCCACUUUAUCGACGUCAAGGCCAUUUGAAAUGAAGAGAGCCGCAGAAAGCAGCACACAGGCACUUUCAAACAUCCGACUCGCGUAUUGAAAAUGUCUUACAAGGAGCAGACCGCUGCUGCUGUCUUCACCCUGCAGCAUCCACAUGAAGUGUCGCACAACACGUGUCCUGGGGAAACGCACAGCAGGCUGACACAAUUCCUCUCAGAAGGACGUGAAGCGGCAUUUUUGAAAAUAAUGGAAAUUGCCUUAUUUUUUAUAUUAAAUUCACAUUAUAUUUAUAUUUAAAAGAGUGACCAAAAGCUAACAUAAAACCAAUCAAUCCUUAGACUGCACAUGGACCAAGGUAGUAGUAUUUCUCACGGUGCGGACCAAAUAUGAAGUGCCCAGUUCGAAACUGUAAAGUAACUGUAUGUAUAACUGCGGCGUUGAACAUUUUGAAAGUUCUUGCCGCUGUUAUAAAGGAGCUCAAUGAGUGCAGGUUUACAGAUUUUUGUUAAAAUUGCGACCAACAGACUGAAUAAUAUUGAAUUGUGUUCAGAGUGACUGACUUUGCGUCAAACCUGCACUUCAGAAAUGAUCGAUUUACGGUCGAUAACAAACUGAAUGCCCUGCCAUUUUUUAUUAUAUGUAACUGUAUAUUGCAGUUUGUCCAGUAUUGAAUCUGUUUUAGUACAGAACUGCCAUUUGUCUGUGGUUCAUCAAAGAUUCUGGUUUUUGACACUUUGUUAUCAUGAAGUCGGAGAUGAUACCAUCAGCUAACUUGUUUGUAUCUGAAUAAGCGUGAGACAUUGCCACAAAUAAACUUUAUCUAUGUUGGGUUUCAAUAAAAAUUGGAUGUACUGUGAAACUUGAUCAAAGUAUUGAAUAACUUUUAAAAAUAAAAAAAUAGCUUGGUGAGAGUGAAAAAACAGCAACGUUGCUCUC